UGAGUCAUUAAGAGAUGGCAUACAGUUAUCCCCCACCAUUCAUAAACAAAUUGACGAGUGAGACUGUGUCAUCUCCACCCAUCCCAGUGGUGAACUUCAACAUUCCCCCGCCAGGAUUUAGACCUUCCCACGCUGUAGAAACAUGGCAUCUGGACAUGUAUCACAAUCAUCCCCCAUCACCACUUCCACAGCUACCAAUACUACUGCUGCCUCAAGAGCAUUCUGUUCCUCAACCCAAAGAAUGGGGUCAAGAGAAUGCACCCGCUCAAGAAGUACAUACACAUAUGACUCAUGAUUCACCGUGGCUGAAAGACUGGCUGCAGAAAAAGAGGAUGACUCACACCAAUUCAUAUCAGAAACAGCCAGCUGUACCACUGAAGCUGUUUGAAGCCAGAUGCAUGUUACAAUUAUGCAUAACCGGUUUAGAUGAAUUGCACAGUUUACAGCAAGAACUAAGAAUGAAAUGUUAUGAUCUGAGUCCUUGUUGGAGAGAAAAAUGGGAUCAUGUGAAGAAAGUUCAGGCUCAGGUAAGUAACCAUCUGGACAAACUGCAUAAUCCUGAAACUUUAGAUGCUCUGAGGUUAACACUGCUGAAACGCAGUAAGAAACGUCUGAGACAGAGAAGACAGCGUGCUGCACAUAAGGAAGCUGUGAGACAAUCUCAUACCAGAAGACAGCAACUGCAUAAAAAAAUUGACACCUGGCUUGAAAAUAUGCAGGAAGUGGUUGAGGAUGCAAAGAGGGAAGAGAGUCUGAAGCAUGAAGCAGAUCAGGUUCUGGCAGAGGUUACCCGCAAGAAGUCAGAGGCACAACGACAGGUAAACAUGCUGACAGCAUUGCAAAAGCUUCGUCGCAUUAGGGCACAGAUUGCAACGAACAGAGGCCAACGCAUAGAUGCAGAGAGUGGACUCAGAUUCACAAGAGUCACAGACCAUCUGGUAAAGUUGUGGGAGGAUCAACUGAAAGGCUACGAUGUGGAAGAACAAGGCUUGCGAGCCAUGUUGGAUGCUGCUGUUGUGGAACGGACCAAGUCAGAGAUAUCUCAAGACAAACAGAUAUUGGCUGAAUGGGAGACAUUGCUGUUCGGAAAGCGAGAAGCAUACAGCAGUUUCUACAAGGCAGCAGAGGAGGAUGUGGAUGCAUUUGUUGCAAUCAGGCAUUCAUGGGAUAAAUUUGUGGCUGCCCCUGGAGCUGUAAUGUCCUCAUCAAUUCCUGUAGGGUGGGUGCUUCCAUCCAACCCAUCAACAGAGAAAUGGGAGUCUCUACUUACAGAUAACAGUAAAAAGUUAAAAAUAUGAUGUACAUGUAAGCUCCAUUAAAGAUAUGUGUGGAACAUAUGCUUUUCAU